AUGCAAGCUCGACAGGACAAAAUCCUCCUCGUCUUAGACCUGAACGGGACGCUACUAUGUAAAGUAACCAAAUUUGAUAAAAGGGCAGCCCAUCAGAACCCAUUCCUACCGCCAAAGGCCAGUUUCAAGUGUAACAAGGCUCCGGUAUAUGUGAGGCCACACUUGGGAGUAUUCUUGGAGUUUUUAUUUGAGAAUUUCGCGGUUGCAGCAUGGACUUCUGCUCAACCAAGCAACGCAAAGGCGCUCGCUACUGGAGCUUUUGGACAGUACUUCGAACAGUUGGAAUUCUUAUGGGACCGAACACACUGCUCCGAAGUACGAGGAGGUCGACACGACCAUUCUUCGAUUAAGGACUUACGAAAGAUAUGGGAUGCCGAUGGUCGAGACAAACUUGAUUCAACUCGCACUUGGUCUGCAAGAAACACGAUAUUACUCGACGACACCGCUUCAAAAGCCUCCUACACCACAGAAAACCAUCUGAAAAUUCCAACUUUUACUGUUUUGAAUGCUACGAACGACCAGAGCAAGGACCGUAUUUUGCUGAAUGUGAUGAAUUAUCUGUUGGAUCUGAAGUCUACGUAUGGUGGUGCUGAAGAGAAAGAUGUCCGUAUAAGUCUGAUGCUCAACAAACUAUUGGAUGCCAGCCUUGAUCUCGAAAACAGGCUAGAUGAUGUCCCAAAGAUGGUUUCUGAAGCCAAGAAGAAAGCAACCUCAUCGGAUUGGGACAGCUCUUUGGAGCUGUUCUCAACUGCUUUGGAAAUUAUGAAUCAAAAAUACGGGGAAUUAGCACCGGAAUGUGCUGAUACCUACUUCUUGUAUGGACGAACCCUUUUGUCGGCAGCUUUGAGUCGUAAACAUGGGCUGGGAGUUUUGGACCCUACCGUUGUACCAGAUGUAGUCGACCAAGAUAAUUUGGAAAGUGUUCAAGGCAACCCAUUUGUGGAAGACGACCAAGGAGACUGGGAUGGUGAAGGAGACACGGGAUUGGAAGAAACUGACAAAGAAGGACUUGGACAAGCUGCUACUGCUAUCAAAGCUACCAAUAUGCCAGUCGAGGGUCAACCACAAGAAGUUUCAUCAGCUGCUUCUACUCCAGCCGACGAAAAGGACGAUAUGGAAUUGGCAUUCGAAAUCUUGGACAUAUGUCGAGUCAUAUACACAAAGAUGGAUACUCCAGACGCUAUGGCCAAAUUAGGUGAUGUCAAAUUGAUGCAGGGGGAUAUUACUCUUGAUGCUGGUCACUACAAGCAAGCCAUCAUGGAGUACGCAAUGGCCAUCUCUCUCAAACAGGUGGUGAAUGCUCCUCAUCGUGAAUUGGCUGAAGCCCACUAUAAACUUGCUCUGCCAUUGGAAUAUGAAGGUCAACAUGAGGAAGCCAUCAAACAAAUCAGAUUGGCGUGUACUGCUGUAAAACAGCGCAUACAACUCUUGAACGAAGAACUCAAAGGUGCUGGUGUUGAAGUCGAUGCAAAGGGGAAAGGAAAAGUUGCUCGAGAAGGACCUGAUCCCAUCAAUUCCGAAAUACUUGAAAUGGAAAGUAUUGUGAUUCUUCUUGGUAACAAGAUUGCUGACUUGAUGGCCAUGACUGGCAGCGCCUACUUGACUGAAAGUGGAUUGCUCAUACCUCCGAUUAGUAGUACACCAUCAACAAAGACUGAUGGUUCUACAAAACGUCAUUUAGAAGAAGAUGCGGUCUCUGAUAAAUACAUGACGAAAAAAGCCAAAACGGAUGCUUAA